CUGCUCCCUUUCUCAUAUUCUAUUCUCAUUUCCCCUGUUUCUCUCCCAUUCUCUCUCUUUUUGCUUUUUUAUCUUCUGUGUUUUUCAUCUUCAAUCUUCAUCUACAGUGAAAAAAAGUUUGAAUCUUUGAAAUACCCAUAUAGAGUUUUCUUUCAUUUUUCACCUGGAUUUAAAGAGGGUUUUGUUUUAAAAUGGAGAACAACAAUAACCAGUCUUUCUGGCAAUUCAGCGACCAGCUUAGACACCAGACCUCGAAUUUAGCCAACCUGUCCAUCAACGAUUCCAUAUGGGGAAGCUCUUAUGGUUCGAAGAGACAUGGCGAGAGGAUGAAUUUCGAUGUUAGAGUCGGUGGUGAAGUAAAUUCUCUCAACAAUCUGAACUCAAAACUUCCUGAUUCAAAUGGGUUCAACGAUGUUUGGGAAAACAACAACUACAGUAAUCUGAAGCCAAAAGGGUCUGAUUCUAAUGGUUUUAAUGAUGGCUGGAACAGUUUCAAGCUAAAGGGUGGUGUUUCUUCUGAUUCUAAUAAUUUGUUCAACGAUGGCUGGAACAGUUUUAAGCCUAAAAUCUCAGAAUUUAAUGGAUUCAACGAUGGCUGGAACAGUUUCAAAGCCAAAGGUAUAGACUUCAACGCAGACCAGGUGCUUGGUGUUGGCUCUCAGAAGAAUAUUGGAAUUAACGGUGGGUUCAACAAAGGGAUUUAUUCGAAGCCUGGAAACCAUGUCAACAAUAUUAAUUUGAAGGGUCACAGGAAUAGUGGUAGAGGUGAGGAUGAUCCUGGAGUUAAAAAUGGCAAGAAGAAUGCUAACAGUAAGAAGAAUAAUGGUGAGAAUAAUAACAAUGAAAACAAGGAGAGCAAAAGUGACAAAAGGUUCAAGACGCUUCCACCAUCUGAGUCUCUGCCCAGAAAUGAAACCGUUGGUGGAUAUAUCUUUGUCUGCAACAACGAUACUAUGCAGGAGAACCUGAAGAGGCAGCUUUUUGGUUUGCCUCCACGUUACCGAGAUUCAGUUCGAGCCAUCACUCCUGGCUUGCCCCUUUUCCUGUACAACUACUCCACCCACCAACUCCAUGGAGUUUUUGAGGCUGCGAGCUUUGGUGGGACAAACAUCGAUCCCACAGCUUGGGAGGAUAAGAAAUGCCAUGGUGAAUCACGCUUUCCAGCUCAGGUUCGAGUUGUUACUAGAAAAAUCUGUGAACCACUUGAGGAGGACUCUUUCAGGCCAAUUCUCCACCAUUAUGAUGGACCCAAAUUCCGCCUUGAGUUGAACAUACCAGAGGCACUCUCUCUCUUGGACAUAUUUGAACAACAAGAGCCUUGAACACGGCAAAAUCGGGUAUUAAUAAACGAGGAGUACAUAUACAAAAUACAAAGUUAGUGAAGAAAGUGGGGAAAAAGAAAAAAGAGUUUGCGCAGGGAAAAAAAGAAAAAGGAUUAGAAGAGAAGAAGAGAGUUUGUUUGCAAUUAAAGAAGAGAGCUCGGGGAUUAUAUUUAUAAGGGGAUAUUGGAGAAGUAUACAAGCUUUUUAUGUUAACGGAUAACCUCACUUCUUUCUUGUAGAGAGAGGUUAUUAUGGUUAUCCUUUUGUUUUUGUUCGCAAAAUAUGUAUAAAUAAUAAAGUAUACAUAUGAUAAAAACGAAAUUUCUGGUAA